UCAGUUUUGAGCAGAGUCAUCGUUUUAUUUGUUAUCGCUUUCUGGUGUUUUUGGGGCGCUCUAGAAGAAAUAAUGGCAGUCCGGGUGAUAAAUGAUGAGACCCACUUCCAGGCGGAACUUUCGGCAGCUGGAAUAAAGCUCGUUGUGGUUGAUUUCACGGCCACCUGGUGUGGCCCAUGCCAGAGAGUCGCUCCGCUGUUCGAGCAACUGCCCGGCAAGUAUCCCAAAGCUGUCUUCCUCAAGGUGGACGUGGAUAAGUGUGCUGAAACGGCGGCCGCUCAGGGAGUCUCAGCGAUGCCAACGUUUAUCCUGUACCGGAAUCGCCAGAAGAUCGACCGGCUGCAGGGCGCAGACAUGCAGGGGCUGGAGAACAAGAUUCGCCAGCACAUCGGCUCAACGGAAGACGAUAGCGGUGAGGACUAUGGUCAGGGCUUGAUGGAGCUCAACUCUUUCAUCUCGAAGAACGAGUGCGAGUGCCUGAAUGAGUCUGAUGAUCAUCCCUUGGCGCACUGCCUCACGCCCGCCGGUGGCUUCCUGCAGUCCGACGUGGACGAGCAACUGAUCAUCUCCAUCGCCUUCAAUCAGCCCGUGAAGCUACAUUCGCUGAAGCUGAAGGCGCCCGUGGCGCUGGGCCCCAAAACGGUGAAGCUGUUCAUCAAUCAGCCGCGCACGAUGGACUUCGACAUGGCCGAGAGUUGCUCUUCCAUUCAGGAUCUGCAGCUCACUGAGAAGGAUCUCGACGGCACGCCUGUGGCGCUAAGAUUUGUCAAGUUCCAGAACGUUCAGAACAUCCAAUUGUUCGUGAGGGACAAUCAGACUGGCGAUGAUAAGACACAAAUCGACCAUCUGGGCUUCAUUGGCGUGCCAAUCUCCACCACGAAGAUGGAGGACUUCAAGCGCGUGAUUGGGAAGAAGGGCGAAAGUCACUGAAAUAUCUGGGAAUAAAGAAUUAAAGCUUGCGAAAUUGUUCCACAAAGAAAAGUCACUUUGAUCAAAUUGUUUCUUU